AUGAAGACUCAGGACAGUGCAGACCUCUGCUACCCACACCUCUACAAUAACUCCUGCAAAAAGCCUACAUCUCUAUGGACUGAAGUUGUCCUGGUUCAGAGCAUAUUGUCAGUCAUCUCUCUGAUCACCGUGGCUCUCAACUUACUCGUCAUCAUCUCAGUCUCCCACUUCAGGCAGCUCCACACACCGACUAAUAUCCUCCUCCUCUCUCUGGCUGUGUCAGAUUUGCUCGUGGGGUUCAUAUCAAUGCCAGGGGAAAUCUACCGAAACACAAGCUGUUGGUUUCUUGGUGAUAAUAUUUGCUUUAUAUAUAAUUACUUGUGCUUCAUCAUCACCGCUGCCUCAGUAGGCGAUAUGGUGCUCAUAUCAAUUGAUCGCUAUGCGGCUAUUUGUGACCCUCUGCAUUACCAAACUAGAGUCACAGAGGGAAGAGUUAAAGUCUGUGUCUGUCUGUGUUGGCUCUGUUCAAUUGUCUACAGCAUUUUAUUUGUAAAAGAUGAUCUGAUUCAGGUAGGAAAGAAUAACUCUUGCUACGGAGAAUGUGUGACUACUGUGGACAUCAUCGUAGGAACAUUUGAUCUUUUCUUUACUUUUUUUGCUCCAGUUACCGUCAUCGUAGUCCUGUACAUGAGAGUAUUUGUGGUGGCUGUGUCUCAGGCUCGUGCCAUGCGCUCUCAGGUCACAGCCGUCAAACUGCAGCUUUCCGUAAAAAUAGCAAACAAAUCGGAGCUGAAAGCAGCCAGGACUCUUGGUGUUCUUGUACUCUUUUUCCUGUUAUGUUUUUGUCCAUAUUACUGCCUUUCUCUUGCAGGAGAAGACUUGUUCAGUAGUACUACUGUAUUUGCUGUGUAUUAUCUGUUCUACUUUAACUCCUGUAUAAACCCGAUGAUUUAUGCCCUGUUCUAUCCUUGGAUCAGAAAAACUGCAAAACUCAUUGUCACCUUAAAGCUACUGAAGCCAGGCUCCUGUGAGGCCCAAAUAUUGUGAAAAAAUAUUAGAACUUUGCAAAAAGAUAAAUAAAUUGUUUUCGAUAAUGCAUAUAUGCUAGUAUUUCAUACAUCCUAUUGUGGCAUUUUGGACAUAUAAUGCAGAAAGGUGGGUUUUCUACAUGUAUCAGGGAAGGUUUGCGGUCCAAGAAGGAUAUCUGGAUAUAGUUUUCUAAUUUACUAAUUCCAUUAACUCCAAAAACUCUUUCAGGGAUACUGCUCUGUCUCUCCAGUCUCUUCCAGACAGCAUGCUUCUGCACCCAUCAUCUCCAGUCCAGUAACAGACUCUGGUCUUCAUCAUCCACAACGCAUUUCUUUCAAUAAACUUUCAAAACAGGCUGUGUUG